GUUUUUGAUAACAAUAGAAAACACAAACUCUUAGUAUCAAAAAAUAAUGAAAAAUAUUCUGAGAAACGAUAUUACUUUAAAUUUAAUUAAUAUUACCUUGACACUGAAAAAAUCUUUUAUGUAUUUGAAAUGGAAUAUUAUGAUUAAUCCUUAGAAAGCUUUUAGAAAUAAUACCUACUCAAUCAUAAAACUAUUAAGUCUUUGAAACAGGAAAUUUACACUUACUUCUAAGAAAAUCUAAAUUUAGUGCAUAAUUUUGAAGACGCAAAUUAUGGAGAUUGUCUUCAAUUUUAUGUUAUCUCAAUAAAUUAAGAUAAAAUCCAAAUUAAACUUAAUUUGAUUAGUCCUAUUAUUCAAAAGUAAUCUUUUGAAUAAGAUAACUAACAAGUAGAUAAAUAUGAAAGUGAAAAUUAAAAUGAAAGUGAAAGUGAAGAGGAUAAUGAAGAUUAUAAUUAAAUUGAAGAAGAAAAUGAAAAUGAUUUUGAAGAAGUAGAAAAUGAAUCCCAAACUGAAAAUGAAAGUGAAGUAGAAGAAUAGGAAGAAAGUGAAAUUCAAAUUGAAAUUAAAGAAGAUAAUGAAGAUGAAAAUGCAAAUGAAGUUGGAGAAAAAGAAAAUUAAAAUGAAGUAGAAGAAUAAGAAUAAGAAGAAAGUGAAAUUUAAAUUGAAAUGAAAGAAGAAAACAAACUUGAAGUUGAUGGAGAAAAUGAUAUAGAAGAUGAGGAUAAAAAUGAAAAUAAUUAUUGCAAAAAAUAAUUUAUCUUUAAAUCAAUAAUUUAAAAAUGA